UCUCUGUAUCUUUAGAGUAACUUUUUCAAACUCUUUUCAACUCGGCCUCUUUUUCACAGGUACUCCCUGAGAAAACAAACCAAAUAAGUUAAAAACAUAAGAAAGGAAAUCUAGUUAUAUUAUUGGGGUUUUGUCUUGCCAUUAAAAAAAAGCCCAAAAUUUAUCCUUGUUUUAAUUUAAUUUAGCUUUUAUGCACCCCACCCAACUCAACUGACCUUGUCACCUGCUUUACUUUGAUCUUAGUCUUUGGAUUUAGUUUCAGAUUUUCAGAGUCAAAAAAGGGCAUAAUUUGCUUCAAUCUUUUGACUUUUUUUUUUUUAAAAACGAACUUUUUUUGGAAGCUUACAUGUGAAGCAUAAUUUUAGCGUUGAACGAACCCAGCGUGAUCGAGUUUACUCUUUUAACUGCAAUUCCUCAAAUGGGUAUUUUUUAUUUUUCAUAAAUAAGCAAAUGGGUAUUAAUUUUUUCUGAUAAAUUAACUAAUGGGUGCGUUUUGCUUCCUCCAAACUUCAAUUCCUGAAAGGGGUACUUUUCUCUCUCAAUUUUCUUAGCAAAAAUUUGAUCUUCUUUUGGGGUGGAUCACUAGGCUAAAAGGGUGAUGGAAGAUAUAGGGCUGUUUAAGCAAGGUUGGAAAUGGAUACAAUCUCAGAAACAUGUUUAUUCCAAGGCGAUAACAGCUGUUGGUUGUUGUAGAGAUAAAAUGGGGUUGUUAGUGGAGAGGCAUUGGCCUAUGAUUUGUAGUGGAUGUGUUAAAUUCUGGAACUUUUCAAAGUUGCUUUUGGUUUAUUGGAAAGAUUGUCUGAUGAGAGGGUUUCAGUCAUGUAUCAGAUUGGGUUCAGCUUCGUUGCUUGUGAUAAUGUGGAGUUGUUUCCUCAGCUUGACUUCCAUGUCUUGCUUGCUUUAUGUACUUCUAAGUAUGGGAGCUGCUGGAGCUGCAGUUCAGUACGUAGGUUACACUCCUGGACUCUUUAUUGUAGGAAUUUUCGGCAUUUUGAUAUUGUGGAUGUAUGCUAACUUUUGGAUAACUGGAACACUGUUUAUAGUUGGAGGUUAUUUGUUCUCCUUAAGUCAUGCACGGUUGAUAGUCUUGAUAGCAACUACAUACUCUGUUUAUUUUGUCAAAGUUCAAGUUGGAUGGCUUGGUGUUUUUCUAUCAAUAAACCUUGCAUUUUUCUCGAAUGAUGUAUUGAAUUAUUUGCUCCAAUGUUUUGAUAAUGUGAGUGAAAGCACACAUUUUGAAGAGCAAAAAGAAUCCAAACCAGUUAUGGAAGAUGAUUUGUCUGGAGAAUUUGAAUACUCUAUUCCCACUGAUGAACCUGAGAAGGUGUAUCCAUGCAAGUCAUCCAGUAAAUCUGCUACUACAUCAGUUAUAAACCAAAAAGGGUUUUCUGCUAAAAGGGUGGUCAAAGAAGAAGCCGGUCCGGCUGAUGAAAUGAAAAGAAUAUUGAAUAGCACAGAUCAUUACGAAGCAUUGGGGUUUCCUUGUCACAUAAAAAUUGACACUGGAAUACUGAAAAAGGAAUAUCGAAAGAAGGCCAUGCUUGUACAUCCUGACAAAAAUAUGGGAAGUCCUUUAGCAAGUGAAUCAUUCAAGAAGCUUCAAUGUGCUUAUGAGGUCCUUUCUGAUUCCAUGAAAAAGAGAGACUAUGAUGAGCAAUUGAGAAAGCAAGAAUCCAGGACUAGGAGUGUGUGUCAAAAGUCCCAUAGCUCUUCACGGCAGCAGGCUAGUCCAGAUCAUCGUUCUGAAGAAUCAAGGCGUAUACACUGCACUAAGUGUGGUAAUUCACAUAUAUGGGUGUGCACGAAUAGGAACAAGGCCAAGGCUAGAUGGUGUCAGGAUUGCUGUCAAUAUCACCAAGCUAAAGAUGGAGAUGGAUGGGUUGAGUACAAAGGUUCCUUGGCGUUUGAUAGGCCUCAAAAGGUGGAAAUUCCACGUGCUUUUGUUUGUGCUGAGAGCAAGAUCUUUGAUGUUUCAGAAUGGGCUAUUUGUCAGGGAAUGGCAUGUAGACCGAACACCCAUCGGCCUAGCUUCCAUGUGAAUAUGGUUGGGUUGGAGAAGACACAAAGAUCCAACUCAAGCAGAUUUCCUUGGGAUUUGGAUGCUGAAAUGAUUGAUGAAGAUGAAGAAGAAUUUGAGUUGUGGCUUCAGCAGGCCUUGGCCUCUGGUCUUUUUUGUGAAACCUCUAAACGCAGAAAGAGCUGGAGUCCUUUUAAAUUGCCUCAGAAGAAAAGCAAAAGGCAAUCGCGAAGAUCUUCAACCUGAAUACUUGAUGAAAUGCAUUUCUGAAGAAUUUCUGCUUUCCAACCAAAGAGAAAAACUAUCAUUCUUUGACAAAGGAGAAGGUGUACGAAGGGGGAUGCAAAAGAAAGGGAAGAAGAAAGGAGGGGUUUUGGUAUGUGAUAUUUACGAUCUCAUCAAAUUCCAGGAUGAAAGCAAGGAAAAGAAAGUGGGGAGUUAAAUGUAUGACUUGGUGUUUUCGGGCAAUAGAUCGAGGCUUUUCCAGGUACAAAUAGGUUUUCUUGAGCUUCUUUUUCCGGGGCUUUCUCAUUUCAAAACCAGGAAUCAAAAUGGAUCUCUGUUGUGUAUUUUACCCCAAUACACGAAGCAUUCUACUGUUGUAGUUGUAAUGGAAUUAAUCUCUUAUUUUCCCAUCCCUGUGUCUUGUUACCUUUGGUUUCAUUCAUUUCUAUUUUCAGAUGUAACCUUACAAUAUAUAUAUGUGAGCACUUAAUUUUCACUCAACCGAGGAUAAUGUCGUCCUUGAACCAACAACACAAAAAUUAGAAGUUAUCUAAUUUGUCAUGAAACAAAAUAAAUGCGGUUCAUGUUUGAUUCACAGGCGAAUUAUCACAAAUCGCAUUCAAGUAGACCUGAUAAUUUUUGACUGGCUCAAUAUGAACCUUAUGAUUAAUCAUGAGUGCGAAGGGAUUCUCGCAGCAAGUGUCAAAGCACCAUCCCAAAAUUUUCAACUAUAUUCCUGUUCCCUUUUUGGGUAAAUGUUACAGGGUGUUUUCUACAUUGAAUCUUGUGGAAUGUAAUUGUCCAGUCCAGUCCAGUCCUUACAAAAGCAAAGCUGGAGAGAUGUUGAUAUAGACAGCAAAAAUAGGUUACACACACCUAAGGCAAAAUCUGGAAGCCCAGAAACUCCACUGCAUGGUGGUUUGCCUCUGUCAUGAA